GAUCUGGAAUCUGAAUCGUGUUUCAUGGGCAGCUGUCCAGAGGAUUGUGUGUGGACGGAGUGGCAAGCUUGGUCCGAGUGUACCCAGCAAUGUGGAACUGAACAACAAUUUACAUCCAGAGAAAGAAUACCAGAAAGCAAUGGCGGCGAACCCUGUAUUGGGCCUACAACCAAGACCAAGAUGUGCGACCUACCAGCGUGUCCAGUUUGCGAGGAUCCACUUGUUUUCCGGGACUGCUUGGAUGAAUGUGAGCUAAGCUGUGUUGAUCUACGUGGCAACUCCCAAUGUGAGAAUAAUAACACGGAAUGUAAAUACGGAUGCGGCUGCCCAGAGGGUAUGGUGUUGCAAGAUGGAGAAUGUGUCAAGCCAUCUGAAUGUAGAUGCGUUGUUGAUAUGCGUGAGAUAUACGGUCCACUGGCUACACCAGGGCCAAAUGCUGUGUCUGAGAUUGAACCUGGAAUGAGCAUUACACUCGACUGCAUGCAUUG